CCCUCCUCCACCUCCCUGAGGUCAUUCAUAUGGAGGACAGGAAGAAGUCAGCUCAGGUGUUUAAUAAUGCUCUGAUGUUUAAAGUAUAUUUUCUUUAAUUAACAGCUGAUCUAAACGCAGCACCAUGAGCAGCGCAGUGUGUCGGAGAGUCCUGCAGACAGCCGGCUCUGCUCCUGCAGCCUCCUCCGGCAGCUGGAGCCGGAUCGUGUCCUCCUGCUGCUCCAGACUCCGGGCUGGGCCGAGAAAUGAAGCCCGAAGAGGGAUGUCUGUGUCCGGCAGAGGCAACAUGAACGUGUUCAACAGGGAGAUGAAGAAGAGGCAGAAGAACUGGGCAGCAUCACUGCAGGACGGACACCACUACGACUACCUGAGGGACGAGGUUGGCUGUCGAGUGGCAGACCGGGUCUAUGACAUUGCAAGGACAUUUCCUUUAGCUCUGGACAUCGGUGGUGGAAAAAGUCACAUUGCAGAACAUUUAAGCAAGGAGGUCGUGGAGCGUGUGUUCCUGACAGACGUCUCAGAGAAAACUCUGAAACAGAUGAGACAGAGUGAGAUGCCAACUCAUCGUGUUCUAGCGGACGAGGAGUUUCUGCCGUUUAAAGAAAACACCUUUGACCUGGUGGUGAGCAGCUUGAGUCUGCACUGGAUUAAUGACCUGCCUGGAGCUCUCAAACAGAUCCACCAGGUGCUGAAGCCGGACGGGGUGUUCAUCGGGGCGAUGGUGGGCGGAGAGACCCUGUACGAGCUGCGGUGUUCCCUCCAGCUCGCCGAGACAGAGAGGGAGGGAGGAUUCUCCCCCCAUAUCUCCCCCUACACUGCCGUCACCGACCUGGGCAACCUGCUGGGCCAGGCCGGCUUCAAUAUGCUCACUGUGGACACUGAUGAGGUUCAGGUUCACUAUCCAGGAAUCUUUGAAGUCAUGACUGAUUUACAAGGUAUGGGUGAGAGCAACUGUGCGUGGAACAGGAGAUCACUGUUGCACAGAGACACCAUAUUAGCCGCAGCAGCUAUUUAUAAAGAGAUGUACGGUAAUGAAGACGGGUCCAUCCCUGCCACCUUUGAGAUCCUCUACAUGAUUGGCUGGAAGCCUCAUGAGUCACAGGCCAAACCAGCAAAGCGAGGCUCAGCCACAGUGUCGUUUGGGGAUUUAUCAAAGAUCAGCCAGCCAACCAACACAAACAAGUCAUAGAAGCAUCUGAGCCAAAGAACAGUGGACAUUCUGCAGAUUGUAAAUAAUAUAUUUUAUUUAAACAGCUAUUUGUUUUACAAAUUUGUCGCUUCAUAUGGAGUUGGCAUAGUGUUGUAAUAUUAUUCUAUUCUAGAAUAAAGUUGAGCAAUAAAAAUGGCAUGUUGAACACUGUUUCCUCUCACAGGAAAUCUUUUUUUGCACAACCAAUGAGGGAGCUGACUUAAAAAUAAAAGCUGAUUCAUUUAUCCACAUGGCACAUGAAUCUUCAGUUGAAAUUAUACCACUGCAGCAUCAGAAAUAAAACUUAGACAAUGCUGUUACCAAU